AAAGUGAAAGGUGGGGACAUGAAGAAAUGGAGAGUGGGGAUAUAUAAGAAUCGGAAAAGGAAAGGAAAGGAAAGAAGGUUAAGUGAAAAGUGAAAAGUGAAAAUGGACUUGGAAGCAGUGAAGAGGUACUUAGAGAAAGGAGGAGAAACAGCAUCGGCGGUGGAUGGGUUGCCUCCGAGGUUUCUGGAACCGUUAAUAAUGAACGCUCUUAAGGUCGAUCUCAUCGAAACUGGUCGCGUUGUCUGCUCCAUGAAGAUACCUCCGCGUUUACUCAAUGCUGGGAAUUCGUUACACGGUGGCGCCAUCGCUGCUCUGGUCGACGUGGUGGGGUCCGCUGCGAUUCCCACCGUUGGAUAUUCGGCUCCCAAUACUGGGGUUUCUGUUGAGAUUAAUGUUUCGUAUUUGGAUGCUGCCUAUGCCGAUGAGGAGAUUGAGAUCGAGGCCAGGGCUCUGCGUGUAGGGAAGGCUGUUGCCGUUAUAAGCGUGGAGUUCAAGAAGAAAAAAACUGGCAAAGUUUUUGCCCAGGGGCGUCAUACCAAGUUUCUUCCUCUUUCCAGUAAAAUGUGAAGGCCAAAAUAUGCACAGAAAUAAAUGGUUCAAUGUUGGUUCGCCCUUAUAUGUGGCAAAUAUAUCUUAGUGCCACUUCUUAUUAAUUUUCCAGUAUUUCACCCAGUUACUUCAUGUGUGAUUACCUUGAAUUUUCUGUACCAGUUCUUAUUGUUCUAUAGGGGCAGUUCCUUCGUUGUUAAAAUGGCGAGGCCAUGUGUUCUCCGUUGUUGUUCUCUACCUUUUGAUUUUGAAUGUUAUAAUUUAUAUUUAUAAUUGACCUAAGAAAAUAAUUUUUACUUAA